UGAAGUCACUAUCACAUGAACAAACUACCGAUACAUAUCGCGAUGUUUAACGUCCGUAAUAUUAUUACACUGUUACUAUUAAUUGCGUGCGACAAAUGUUUAUGCGACAUGUGCAAAACUUGCGUAUGUUCCUCAAACACGGGACGAAUCAUUGAUUGCCAUGAUAGAAAUCUAGGAAUUAAUGAAGAUUGGUUCAAUUUCGAUUUUUAUACCCUGAACCAACAUCGACCACUAAAUGAACUUAUUCUCUCAAAAAACAACAUAACACUGUUACCCACUAACGAGCUAAGGAACUUGAAACACUUGAAAAAAUUGGACUUGUCUCAGAAUCAGUUGGACAAUAUGCAUUCGGAGGUCUUGAGGACCUUGAUCAAUUUAGAAGAUUUAAAUUACUCACACAAUCUAUUAUGGAACUUUGAUAUUUCCAUUUUAGAGACAAGUUUAGUCAGACUCAAUUUGAGCUGUAAUCGGAUCAACAAUCUCGAGAAAAACUCAGAAAAUACAACAAUAUUGAAAGUUCUUGACGUAUCCCACAACAACAUUACUAAUCUGAGUUUCCUUGAGGCUUUACUGGAAUUGGAAUACUUGGAUCUCUCCUUCAAUAGACUUACCACGCUCCCAGCUAAUUUACUCCUCCAUUUAGAGCGUCUGAAGAUUCUUUAUGUUAACAACAAUCAACUUCUCUCCUUAAAUCUCCAGAAUUUUCCUCAAUCACUAUUGGAACUUUACGCAGGGAGCAAUAUCAUCGACAGUCUAUCAUUUCAAAGCUCUCCGAUACGUAUCUUUGAUAUCAAAAAUAAUCGCAUUUCAAAGAUACAUAAAAAUGUAACAUUACUAGAAAAAAUAAUAAGUUUGAACAUUAGUAGCAAUUUCUUAUCAGAUUUUCCGGAUGUUUCCUUGAAGACUCUGGAAACGUUGGAUUUAUCCUACAAUGAGCUAACGUUAGUCCCUGACAGCGUUUGUAUCAAAAAUUUUCCAAGUUUAAAAAUUCUCAGAAUCAACGGAGGGCAUCUAAAAGAUGUAAAACUUUGGUCUGAACUAAGGUUGGAAAAGUUUGAAGUAAGUUUUACGGACGCAAUUGAAAGGAUUGAAGAGGAAACGUUUCAUAUGUUGAGGGAGAGGAAAAAUGGUUGUAUCAAUAUAAUUAUAUCGAAUAAUAUAAAGUUGAGUACGAUUCAUGAAAAUGCUUUUCAACAUAUGAACAUUUGUUCUAUCGACUUGAGCAAUAAUCACUUUACUUAUUUGCCACCAAAGCUAUUUGAUGUAAACAUCUAUAACAGAAACAUUUCAAAUGCAGAAUAUCUUAUCAAUCUGCAAGGAAACCCGUUUAUUUGCGAUUGCUCGUUACAGUGGAUGUUGAGUGAAUUAGUCCCAAAACUUUAUGUUACAAAGCCUAGUCUUUUGGAAGAUUUGAGGUGCGCCGGUCCACCUCCGUUAAGUAACAAAAGGAUAGUGCACUGGUACAAAUGGAAGGGAAAGGUGUUCUGCGACGAUUUUUCGCAUUUUGCGGAAAGGAUAACUGUUAAUGUCGCGAGUGUCUCCAGCAACCAAGUUGUAACGUUCAAGACGAGUCCUGGAAUGAUUGCCGUUCUGGUUACGACAAUCGCCCUGCUCGCAAUUUUAACGAUAAUUGGCAUUUUGCUGACACGAAAGAUGAUUGCGAAGAAGAGACGAGUUAAUCGUCGAUUUUAGAAAUAUUUAUUUAAAAGUAUUACAUAAAAAACAUUAAUUCAUAAACAUUUUUAAAAGUUUCACGAAGCGCGAUACACACACACGCACACACAGAGUAUGAUACACUUAAUAUGACGAAAGUUGAACGGAAAUUGUAGGGAGAAAAUUACAAAAAUUAAAAUUAAUAUAUAUAAUCUAUAUAUAUAUAACUUUAGAUUUAAAUCUAGUAAUAAUAAUCAUAUGAGCUUUCAUAUGAACACAAAGAUUACCAUUGGAAAAGAAUGCAAAAGAUAUUCGUUAUGACUUUCUUAAUUUAACGCAACGUACACACAUACUCUUUGAAUGAAUCCCACAAGAAUCAUCACACUUUAGUUCUUCCUUUUUUAACUAUCUACAAUCUAUUAUUUAUAUGCAAUAUAUUUAUUGCAACGGAAAUCCGCUAUAAUGUAACGAUUUACAUGGACUGGAGUUUUCCUUCGCUGUUAUAUGCAUAUUUUAAUAAAGAAUUUUAAUAAACGAAA